UUAGGAAGCAUAAGCGAAAUCGAGUAGAAAGUACCAGAAAAUCAAUAAGGAAGAAAGAAAACUAGUUUUAAAGCUACUUUUGCAUGACAAGCUCUCGUUACAAGAGGUAUCAAAUUAAUCCCAAAUCUGUGCUUAUUCUAUACCCAUAUAUAUGAUAUCUUGAUCAUUAAUCUUUUUAGGUCGCGAAUAGGUUGAAGCUAAAAUACUGUACUGUACGGACGAUACAAAAGGCCUAUGAAAAAGAAGGUAGGAUAGGUAAGAAAGAGACAAGAAAGAAAAAGCUCAAGGUGGAGAAUAUCUUGAAGAUAUCCAUAAUGAAUCCCCUCAUUUUCUAACUGUCUGAGCCUAUUGUAUCAUCGGAAGUUAGUCAGAUAUAUAUUGAUAAACAACCCUCAAAGGCAGACUAGGCUAGUUUGAUCUAAGAAUAACGUUCUCUUCUUCAAUAGCAUUGUCAAAAACUAUUUUCUACAUUGUCAUAAUAAUAUUAGAAGGCUGCAGAAACCUAGAAUCCAUAUUAUUACACGACUAUUCAAAAUUUAUAUUUGGCAUCACAACUAAUAUUCAAGCAACUCCUUGAAGUUAAAUAGUAAAUCCACGUAAAACAAGAAUAUGAAUCUGUGUCUCCAACACUAACACAAUAUCCUCUUCAAAUUCAACCACAUAUUUACUAACCAACAUAUGCUGCGAUGUUGCCACGAGUUAAUUCAUGA